AUGAGUGAGACGGCCUCAAAACCACGGGAACCCUCCGCUGCCAGCGCCAGUCACCUCCCCAUCUUCCAGGGCAUGGACUUGCUGGAGCUCAAGAAGCGGGGGCAAGACCUCCGAUCGUGGAUCCGCGUCGACGCCGCGACUGGGAGCUCGCAGGUGAUCGAAGUGGACAAGUUCACGAUGAUGCAGCGGUGCGACCUCCCAGCCCGCGACCUCCGCCUCCUGGACCCACUUCUCGUCCAUCCUUCCACCAUCCUUGGCCGGGAGAGGGCCAUUGUCAUCAAUCUCGAGCAGAUCCGCUGCAUCAUCACUGCCGACGAGGUGUUCAUCACCGACUCCCCCGACGUCCAUGUCAUGCAGUACGUUGAGAAGCUCCAGCACCGUCUCACCGCCCAAUCCGGGGACGUCCUCACCGGUGGGUCCACUUCACCGGAUGACCUCCCCUUUGAGUUCCGGGCGCUCGAGACUGCAAUCGAGGCCACCUGCACCUUCCUAGAUUCACAGGUUGCUGCACUAGAAAGUGAAGCAUACCCUGUAUUAGAUGAGCUAACAUCAAAGAUCAGUGAAUUUAAUUUGGAACAUGUUCGUCGAUUGAAAAGAAGGCUUGUUGCAUUGACUUGGAGAGUUCAAAAGGCUCGGGAUGCGAUAGAGCAGUUGAUGGAUGAUGAUGGUGAUAUGGCUGAAAUGUAUCUUACUGAGAAGAAAAGACGAAAGGAAGCAUCAUUCCACGGUGACCAGUCUAUCCAAGGAUUUGAUUCUAUUGGUGCUGGAGUAUCAGGUUCUGUUCCAGUUUCACCUGUUUGUUCACCACCUGAACCUCAAAAGCUUGUUGAGGAGACCUUGAUUCUUGCUAGAAGCAGACAAGAUAAUAUGAAACGUUCUGACAACACAGAAAACGUAGUGGAGUUGGAGAUGCUGUUGGAAGCUUACUUUGUGCUCAUCGAUGGCACUCUUAACAAACUGACUUCGCUAACGGAGUACAUUGAUGACACGGAAGAUUUUAUUAACAUCCAACUGGACAAUGUUCGGAAUCAGCUGAUCCAAUUUGAGUUGCUGCUAACGGUUGCAGCAUUUGUCAUUGCCAUCUUUGGGGUUGUUACAGGGAUCUUUGGCAUGAAUUUUCCAGUAACAUUAUUUCAAAAAUCGAGAGCAUUCCAAUGGGUGCUAAUAAUUACUGGAGUGUCCGGUGUAGUUAUAUUCUGCUCCUUCCUAGCUUAUUUGAGAUACAGAAGAUUAUUCCCUUUCCACGUACGUCUCAGAUAUAGAAAGUGGUUUCUCUCGGCGCUAUCUGCUAGGCCUCCAGAAGCAGCAAUUGCAUAAGAGGUCGUCAUAUUUUUAUCUCCUAUAU